AUGCCGCACAUCCAAGUUACCAACCCCUUCGCUCCCGACCACACCACCCUUGUUCCUCUUACCCACCCAGGCGCCAAAAGACGAGUGAACUUCGAUACGCCGGUUGAGUCUAGGAGCCGACAAGCCACUGUUGUUGAUGCCGCGGACGAAGACAGUGUCGAGCAGAUACCCCUGGCGCAGACCAACUACACAGCAAGUGCGGGCACUGAGGCAGAGGUCCAACCGCGAAUUACGAGUCCAUUUGAGAUUCCCGACGUUUAUGCUUUGGGGCCGGCGCAGGUAGGAAAUGGUGAAGAGGAGAGGCAGGGUAAGAGAAGGAGUGUCGACUCAUUAUAUGCGGAGCCGGAGGCUGCGAAUGUGGUGAGUCAACGGGUCAGGUUUACCGAAUCGACGCUGAGGGAGGAGAAACGGAGAGAGGAUAGAUCUGAGACGUUGGGGAGAGUCGUGGCUGAUAAGCGGAGGAUGGAGGGUUCGGGGGCAACUGCAUGCGCUGCGGAUGUUCCCAAAUCCUCCACACAUAUUGGUUCAUCAUAUGCGUUCCCUGGCCAGAACUCGACGAAGGACAAGGCUUCUGAGACUAGUGCACCGCCCUUGACGUGGAAGCGUAUUCGAGCGGAAAUCCAGGAGGCACACAGGAAUGGUCCUCCAGGGGACGGCGAGGAGCUGUUGCGGGUGAUCAAUAAUUGCAAACAACUUGUCAGAAAGUAUAACCAGCGUAGGCGGGAGAAGAAGGAAGAGGGCCAGGAAGAACAGUCGUCGUUGCAAGUAAGCCAACAUGCUAAUGCCCUGCUUCAAUCUGAGGGGAAGAGCAGGGAAGGCGCAAAAGACAUCGGCAUACCAUCCACUCUGCCAGAGCAUCAAAAAGCACCACCUCGACCCAAGGCCGUUAAACCGCCUCGUUUCCUUCAAAGCGAAGAACGUAUCAGUCAACCUACAUCAUCUCGCGCGACACCAGCGCCACCACCUCCAUUCAGUGUGCCAUCGUAUACUUCCACCCAUCACCGUACAUCUAGCAGCUCUGCGUCUGUUUCACCGACGACUGUUAUUCCGCCUCAACCACGCAUCACUCCAAGGGAGUCUCCCCCACAACCAAGCGUGGAAUCAGACGCUAUACCACGAAGCCGCUCCUCUUCAGAAAGCGUGUCGCUCGCCUCAGUUUCCAUCCCACUGAGAAUCUCCCCCAGCGUUCAAUACGACGCUCAAUUCACAACCCUCAAGCUCGACAAAAACAAACCAACACUCCCAGCCCAGCCUAAGGGUAUCGGGCUGUCUGACCCCACACAAAACCAGCGCGAACAAACACAAACGCCUUCGAGACAGAAUCAGGAGACUCGUGAGACAAGGAAAGACAGGCUCAAGGAAGGCACAGCAGACGCAGAAAAGCUGCGUCUCCAAUCUCCACUCUCAUCUCACCAUCCCUUGCGCCAACACAGCCCUCGUCAUAUCUCUUUGUCAUACGCAGAACCCUCAAAACCACUACCGCCUCCCCCUCUUCCACCUCCUCCUCGUCCACUUCCUUCUCUCCCCGUCCCUCCCUCUACACCCCAUCCGCGAUCUCCCCAUCCACCCACGAAAGCAAAACCCCAAUCCAAACACCCCCAAUUCCAAUCCAAACACCACACCACCCAGUGGCUCCCGCGCCUCCCGCACCUCCCCAUCCCCUUCCACCUCCGCACCAACACUAACAAACCCCACCGAAUCAAAAAGUCCCAAAUCUCCCUUCCAGGCCCCAUGUUCACACCACACCCCCACGCCGUCAACAUCCGCGAAUCGAGCGGUGGUGUCGGAGGUGUGUAUGCGCAAACGAGUUUGAAUUGGCGGACGGAUCCGAGGAUUCGGUGGCCUGGCGCGAGUGACGCGGAGGGAAAUGUGAAUGGGAAAAGUGAGCGGGGCGUAGAUGCAGACGUGAUGAGGAUGAGGACGGGAGCGGGUGGUAAUAAGGAGACGGGGAGAGGAGUGAAGGAGAGGGAAAGGGGAGGUAGGUUUGAGAAUGGGAUGGACGGGCGUAUGGUUAGGGAGAGACCACACUUACGAGCGGAGACUUCGCGGGUGCGGAUGCGGAGUGUGGAGCCGCCAGCGAGCGAAAAGAUGUCUCGUCGACCGGUGCCUGUGGCGGAUGUGAGGAGGCCACUGAGGCAACAAGACGACAGGCAUUCAGAAUCGCACUCGCACGGGCAUUCCCUGCUCAACCUGCCCCAUCAUAUAGGUAACCCUUUUUCCCACAAAAAGACACAAUCUCACGACUCGUUACGAGAAUCCGCAGACAAGGAGAGGCAGGAGGCUAAACACAGGGAAUUGCAGGGUAAGGAGAAGCACAAAGCAAGAGAAAACGCCCGCAGCCGCCAAAGCUCCGACACAAGUUUCGCCUGCAAAGGAAUCAAUUACGUAGCGGAAUACGCCAGCCUCGCGACGAAUCCCUACGAGGAGGAGAUUCGGCAGUCGAGAGAAGCGAAGGAGUUGAGGUUGAAGCAGGCGGAUGCGGGGCUAGCGAAGAGGAGGGAAGUCAUUGAAAAGCUGAAGGGCAAGACGAAGGAUCGACAAGCGGCGGGGAUAGCGAAGGGUAAGAUCAAACUAACGAAAGAGGGAGAUGGCGAGGGGUCCGGCGACCAGCUAGACGAGAGUAGGUACGUCCAUCCGCGUCCUUUACCUUUGCCGCCCAAGCGGGUCAGUCAUAUAAGUGAGGAGGAGGAGAAGGAGGAGAAGAUUUUGUCGCCGGCACCGUUGCGCAUACGCAAGAGGAGUGGGACGCCUACAGGUCUUGCGAGGCAGCUUGUUCCUUCAGAUUCUCCGUCUCCUCCUGCCCAUCCAACUCUACCUGGCGCUGUCAUUUCUCCCGAGGAAUCUCCCCUUUCAGAGCCCUCAGCGCAAGAAGGCAAGAGGGACUCGCAGUUUUACGCCCCGUACGACUCUAUCGUUUUUGAGUAUGAAUUCAUAUGA